GCGGGACGGGUUCCAAGUGAUCGCGAGAACACAAAGUGGCGGCAACAAAUUCUACAACAUCCUCACUACUGCAGCAGGAUGGAGGAGAACCACGACCCGGAUUUGAUCGGUCAGGAUCACUACGGGACCAAAAUAAAGAAGGAGAACCAGGACCCGGAUUACAUCGAACAGGAACGCCACAAGACCGAAAUGAAGGAGGAGAACCAAGACCCGAAUUUCGCCGACCACGAAUACUACAAGAUCGUGAUUAAGGAGGAGAAUCUGGACCCCGAUUUCAUCGACCAGGAACACCUCAAGACCGAAAUGAAGGAGGAGAACCAGGAUCCGGAUUUCAUAGAACAGGAAUACAAUAAGACUGGGAUGAAGGAGGAGAACCAGGACGCGGAUUUUAUCGAACAGGAUCACUACGCGACCGGGAUGAAGGUGGAGAACCAGGACCCGGAUUUCAUUGACCAGGAACACUACAAGACCGUGGUGAAAGAGGAGAACCAGGACCCGAAUUUCAUCGACCAGGACAACAUAAAUACCGGCAUGAGGGUGGAGAACCAGGACCCGGACUUCGAGCCCGCUGCUCCCACCGGUUUACAGAGACACAAAAAUAUUCAUCAGAUAAUUCACAAGAAGCAUAGCUGUGACCAAUGUGGGAAGACUUUUACAACUUCAAGUAAUUUAAAAACCCACCAACGUGUUCACACAGGAGAGAGACCGUACAGCUGUAAUCAGUGUGGGGCAGCUUUUAAGACAUCAUCUUAUCUAAAAAUUCACCAACGCACUCACACAGGAGAGAGACCACACAGCUGUGAUCAGUGUGGAGCAGCUUUUAAGACAUCAUCUUAUCUAAAAAUUCACCAGCGCAUUCACACAGGAGAGAAACCCUACAGCUGUGACCAAUGUGAAGCAGUUUUUUCACAGCCAGGGGCUUUAAAAAGCCAUCAACACUUUCAUACUGGGAAGAAACCAUACAGCUGUGACAAAUGUGGGAAAACAUUUUCUUUUGGAUAUGAUUUCAGAAGACAUCAACUUAGUCAUACUGGAGAGAAACCACACGUCUGUGAUGAGUGUGGGAAGGCUUUUUCUCAGUCAUACCAGUUAAGAACGCAUCAAAGUGUUCAUACUGGAGAGAAGCCAUACAGGUGUGACACAUGUGGGAAAGCUUUUGCUCGGGCAUAUCGCUUCAAAAGACAUCAAAGUAUCCAUACUGGGGAGAAGCCAUACAGCUGUGACAAAUGUGGGAAGGCUUUUUUCCAGGCACGCUCUUUAAAAAGACACCAGCGUUUUCAUGACAAAGAUAAACCUUACAGCUGUGACAAAUGUGGGAAAACAUUUGUUUUGGCAUAUGAUUUCAGAAGACAUCAACGUAGUCACACUGGAGAGAAAUCACACACCUGUGAUAAAUGUGGGAAAUCUUUCUUUGAACUACAUUACUUAAAAGCCCACCAACGCAUUCACACUGGAGAGAAACCAUACAGCUGUGAGCAAUGUGGAAAAACGUUUGCCACAUCAAGUUGUUUAAAAAAACACCAACGCAUCCACACCGGGGAGAAACCAUAUGGUUGCAACCAAUGUGGAGCUCUUUUCUCAUGGUUAGAGGGUCUGAAAAACCACCAACACGUUCACACUGGAGAGAAACCAUAUAGUUGUGAGCAAUGUGGAAAAGCUUACACGUCUUCAAGUAGCCUAUAUAAACACCAAAGCAUUCACACUAGGGAGGGACAGUAUAGAUGUGAUCAGUGUGGGGCAGCUUUUAACAGGUCAUGCUACCUAAAAAUCCACCAACGUAUUCACACUACAAAAAAAAGUGUACAGCUGUGAUUCAUUAGGUUAAGUAAACUGAAAAUCUACCAACGUGUCCCCACUAAGUAGAAACAAAGAGGGCCACACAGCUCCCCUGCUUUCAGUUUUGUCCAAUAAAUGUGUGUUAGUUCACCAAGAUUAAUAAAAAUCUUCAUAAUUCAUUAUUGGACAAAAAGUCAAACAUAUUUUCCUGAUUAUUGUAUAAAUCUUCAAAGACAGACAUCAUUAUGUAGUUCUAUAAUAAGAAUAAAAGGUCAUGUCGAAGCAUGGAUUUACAUGUGCAUCAGUAUCAAUGAAUUUAAAAAAUAAUCAUGAGUAGAAAUAAUUUGAAACCAAAAAUGACUGGUUAAAAGAAAACAAAGCAACAGCCAACUUGUCUUUUGACAAUGUUUACUGUGAUUAGUAUCUGAUGAUUGUUCAGUCAAGGGAAAACACCCAAACAAUUUCUGAUUCAACCAUAUCAGUUGGUAAGCUGUGCUGCUCUCCUGUUUUCAUAAAUCUUUACAGAAUGAAUGAUUUAGUUUUGUUUAGUAACAUAGCCUUUGUGUUCUGUGUUUGAUUUUUGUGAUAUAUGUAGUUGCCUUCAUAGUGAUUCUGUUUCUUUCUUUGCUUGUGACAUCUGGUCUCUGUCGAAGAGGGUGGACUCAACUGAAUGAAUCUAGUUUUUUUAAUGGAUUUUUCUGAUUUGUAUUCUGUAUCAAAUGGUGUUAAUAUGGUGUGUUUAAUUAAUCUGGGAAAAUUAAAAUGUAAAAUAAAUUCAGUACAAGAACAGUGCUGUUUCACAUAGACUGACACAGACAAGGAUCCUGGGAGAUCUGCAGAGACACCAGCUUGUACCAACUAAAAUGGAAAAAAAUGUAAUUUUGCAUGGUAACAAUAAAGAUUAUUAUGAAGAA